GGUAGGUAGGUACCGACACGCCACCAGCAGUUUACCCAUUCAAACAUCAAAGACUCAUGAUAUUUCACCUCGAUAGGUUUUCUCGCCAAUUUUCCUGGUCCUUGUUCAAUUCCACGGAUCGGAGAAUGCACAAAAGCUAUUUCCCCUGAAAGAAUGAGAUGGCCUCGGUAGCACGUUUAACCAAAGACCCCACCAUCUCAUGCCGCCUCAUUCUACUGUCCAUCGCUGUUCCAAUCCUCUUCAUCCUCGUUUCCACAUUUGGCAACCGGGUAAACACCGCCAAUAAUCUGGACAUGGCACGUACAACAGACCCUCGGCGUGUCGCCGAGAUCAUGCUGUCGUGGCUCAACCUUCAGCUUGUCUCCAUUGUUGAACUGCAGACUCUCUGGGCUGGAUAUGGCCAUAUCUGCGCCGUCACGGCACGCGCAUCGAACCAACAAUCCGCGGCCCACAUGCGUCGAGCCAUGGGAAUUGGUGACGGCCACGGUCCACAGCGCGACAGUGACGAGUUUCGGCUCGUUCUCAAGUUCAUCUCCCCUCCCAUGACCAGCGGUGACGAGGGUCACUGGCGCAAGAUGCUGAGCUACGAGGUUGAGCAGUAUUUCUACGACGAGGUUGCCCCCGCUGUCCGUGGUGAUGCACCAGUAGCAACCUGCGUGGCUUCAACUAGGGACAUGAAGGGGAAGCCAGACGCGGAGAGGCUCGAGGGGCUCAUUGCGACGCUCAUGUCGGACCUGAGGCCUGCGUAUCCCGUGGCUGGGGAGAAGAGGACAGCACUCAACAAGACGCAGGUCCAUGCAGCGCUGGGAUGGCUGGCCAGGUUCCACCGCAAGACGCACGAGCUUGUCGACCGUGACUUGAACGGCUUUGUCCUCCCUCCGCUCCAGGAGACGGAACGUCGGAAGCGCAAUCCGGAGGCAGCGGCUGGAUCCAAGGUAUGGCUGAACGGGGGCUAUACUUAUCUGGCGACACGUCGGAAGGAGUAUUCGUCGCUGGCGCGAGACGAAGACUCGGAAUGGUGCGAUGCAUUUUGCGCACCACAAGAGAGUGCAAGCGGCAUGUCCGUUGCCGAGCAAGUGGCCGAGGUGCUUACCCCCUCGGGGCGCCCGUACGAGACCUUUGUCCACGGAGACGUCAAGUCGGAGAACCUGUUCACGACGGAGGACGGCAAGGAGGUAGCGUUCUACGACUUUCAAUACGUUGGGGUAGGAUUGGGAUCGUGCGACCUGGCCAAGUUCUUCACUUGUUCCGUGCCCCUGGGCAUGCUUGUCGAAAACAGAGCAGUCCCAGACGAGUUACCUAUGGGCGAUGGAGAGAUGCAACUGCUGAAAGAAUAUCACCAGACUUUAGGACUAGGUGAACAGUACCCUUGGGAUCUCUUUGUCCGGCACUGGGAGACAGCAAUGGUCGACUGGUGCAGGUUCCAAGCGUCUUGGGGAUUCUGGGGCAACACCGAUUGGUUGGAGGCAAGAGUUCGAUAUAUCCUGGGCAACAAAUCCUGGAAGACAUGGUUGGACAGUCAAUUGGGCAAAACACGUGUCGGAUAGGCAAGAGAAGUAGACGAUGCGAGACUUGGAAUCUACAGACAAGACAGAAUUAUGAGAGACUGAUAGGAAGUAUCGUGUCAGUCCUUUGCCCCAACCCUUUUGGAAAUUGUUGUUGUGCUGCUGAUUGUUGUUGGGCUGGGUGAGGUGGUGUACCUAAGGUACCUACCUACUGGAGGUGAGAAAUGGUGUCAUGUAUAGUAGUACAUGAAUGGAGCAAGAUGAGCGAUACCGGCUUGACGCUGACGAUUGGAAACCGUCCAGAUGACGAAACGAAACGAGACAGCGUUUUAAGUGCAUCCAGUUUAGGUAUCGCGCCAUCGCGCCACCCCCUAGGGGCAACACCGGCCGGCUAUAGAACAAUUCGGAGUCACGGCAUGCGCUUGGUGCGGUAUUCCCGAG